CUGCCAUGUUGCUGGCCUUGCUGACACGGAAUGGCGUGAAUGCAGCUGGGAAACGCUUUCCGAUAGCUUCCUUGACGGUGAAGAGGGCCUUUUCAAGAUCAAUGUCGACGCCAUUGUUGUUAUCACCAUCGCAGCUGCAGCAACUGCUUCUUUCUGAAUCUCCUACUGAUAGUGCCACCAAACAGAUAUCGAUCCUGGACUCUAGCUGGUUCAUGCCCAAUUCGCCGCGGAAGGCCAACGAAGAAUUUCAAGAGAAGCGCAUCCCUGGUGCACAGUUUUUAGACCUGGAUGAGGUGUCCUCUCCCCAUGAUCUCGGUCUUAAACAUAUGAUUCCGAGUGAACGUCACUUUACCGAUGUCUGCGAGGAAUUCGGAAUCGACCCCACUUCUCAUGUAAUUUUAUAUGAUACGCAUGGAGUAUUUUCAUCACCACGUGCACUCUUCAUGUUUAGAGCGUUUGGCCACGAGAAAUCUAGUGUCCUCGACGGAGGUCUGCCACGUUGGGAGGCAGAGGGUUUUCCAAUUGAGGCUAAGCCGCCGGUUCGUGCAAGGAAAUCCGUUUAUCCCACUCCUGUCUUCGAUAAGGGAAUGAUACGGUCCUACGAUCAAAUGGUGUCAAACUCAUUUACGGAUCUUCACUCGGACUCAGCCGUCGAGCUUGUUGUUGACGCUCGUUCCCGUGGUCGAUUCCUAGGCACAGAGUCAGAACCGCGGGCUGGCUUAUCAUCCGGUCACAUUCCUCAUUCGUUUUCCCUGCCAUUCACUGCAUUCCUGCAAACUCGUACUAUUCCUAAUUCUUCCGUGCAGUACUCCACCUUCCUAUCCCUUCCCGAAUUACGGAAUGCAUUAGUGAGCCACGUAGGCGAUCACGCGGAAGCCGUCAUCCAAGGCAAGCGACCAAUCACCACAUCUUGUGGAAGUGGUAUGACUGCGGGGGUCCUCUGGUUGGGACUGAAGUUAUUGGGUGUCCAAAAUGUGGCAUUGUAUGAUGAGUCUUGGACCGGAUAUGCGAGCCGGGCAUCUAGCAAGAUCGAGAAGGCGGCAAACUGAAUUUUUCCAUUUUUGACCCAUGCCACAAAUAUCGAAGACCUUGAAGUGUGUUCGUAUCGAAAUCAAGUAUAUGCCAUUGUGCUGUGUUGACCUAAGGUAUACAGUGAUUUGCCGAAUCCUCUCGGCUAAGAAUACAUUAUUCAAUGAUGACCCAUGCUGUCCGUG